CUUGUGGCGUGGCUCUUGCUUCCACACUCGUCUCUGCCGCUCGACUCGUCUCUCCACCACCAUCAUCUUCCAUUUCCCCCAACCUUCCACUGCUCCAGUCCACGCCCCUCUGCCUCUCUCUCUCUCUCUCUCUCUCUCUCUCUCUCUCUCUCUCUCCACACAGCUCACGUACGUUCUCUCCAAGAAACAGAGCGGGAGAUCGACAGCACGGAGCCGCCUCGACGAGAUCGACGCAGCAGGAUCGAUCGAUCGGCCAGAGUCAGAGAUGAUGAUGGAUUCCGCCGCCGAGCAUCAGCAUCACAAGGUGAUCGGGAUCGCGCCGGUGGCGGAGGCGGGGAGGCCGUGCUGCGUCGAGUGCCGCACCACCGCGACUCCCAUGUGGCGCGGCGGCCCGACGGGACCCAGGUCGCUCUGCAACGCGUGCGGGAUCCGGUAUAGGAAGAAGCGGAGGCAAGAACUUGGUCUUGACACCACCAAGAAACCACAGCAAAACCAGGCGCAGCCGCAGACGCCACAACAGCAGCAGCAGCAGCAGCAGCAACAACAACAACAACAACAUCAAGAUCAAGAUCAGAGUCACAGUCAAGCAACAAGUGCAGUCGUCAAAGAGAACAACACCAAAAGUAGCAACCUCCAAGUGGUGAAGAAACGGAGGGUCCUGAUGGGAGUGGAGGAGGCCGCAAUCCUGCUCAUGGCCUUGUCCUCCUCAUCCAGAUCCACUCUGCUACAUGGCUAGGAGGAUCUCAUCUCAGCACCACCCUGCUCAAAUUGUGUACAUAUACAGGACACACAAGAAACACAAAGCAGACCACCCAGUGGUUCCAAGCCAACCAUGUAACUUUCCUGGAUUAUCAAGAAAAGAUGGCCUCUUUCCAGGAUGGAUGAAGCUGAUGUUGAAGGGCUGGCUGGAUUUGUUUUUUGGAUUCACCCACCUCUUGUGCUGCUGCUGCAGACCUAAUGAUCUCGCUGUGUCGUGUCGUGUCAUGUUCGAAUCCGAAAGUGAUGAAGUUGACUUAUUGGGAAGGCAUGUUUGCCCUACAUGGUAAGAUGGAUGGUGGUCCUUGUCCCUGUUGUUGUUGUUGUUGAUAGGCUCCUUAAUUGUGAUUAGCUGUGUAUAAGAGGCCCUUUUGCCUCACUCCCAUGUCUCUCUCCAUUAUUAUUAUUUUUUCCUUUACAUUUUUUUCUUCUUUCAUUGCCAAUGUAUGUGUUUUAUCCCCCCCCCCCCCUGAUUAAUUCCUGUGUAUGUUCUUUGUUACUCCUUGAUUGAAGAUGGGUGAUCAAAAGCAGGCAUCGCCCUUCUUCAUGUGUAAUAAAAGAUCGAAGUGGAUACAAUUGAUCUA